GAAUUUGAAGCUAACAUCCUUGGGGGCGAGCCCAAGGGGUGAGGGCUCAUGGUCCAGCGAUCCCAGCCUGCAUAGAGGCUAUUCUGAUAGCGAUCAGGAUGUUGAUGCUUCAGCGCAUGGGGAAGCAGCUCUGCGAUACGGAUUUGCACCAUCCAGCGGUCCGGAUUGUGAUGCUGCAGCUUACUUUAAUCUGAGAAUGAGCAGCUUGCAUCAGUCUUUUCUGUCAAGCCGCAAUUUCGCGCCAACUGGUUCCUACCGGUCUUAA